AUGAAUGCUGAAGUUAAAAAAAAGUAUAAAAAUAUAACACAAGAAGCAGUGUCUAUUUACUUAAAGUUUUGUGAAUCGUGUCAAUCUAAACAAAAAUCUAAAAACAAGGGUCUAGUGAUUAAACCAAUGGUGUUUUCGGAAAUGAAUAGUAGGUGCCAAGUGGACCUGAUUGAUAUGCAGUCGCAGGGGGAUGGAGAGUUCCGGUUUAUUAUGGUAUAUCAGGAUCACCUUACUAAAUUCGUUCAACUAAGACCCUUAAAAACAAAGAGAGCAGAAGAAGUUGCAAAACACCUUAUCGACAUAUUUUGUAUUUUUGGAGCUCCGAUGAUAUUACAAUCUGACAACGGCCGCGAGUUUGCAAAUAAAAUAAUAGAAGACUUAAAAGAAAUGUGGGACACACUGAAAAUUGUUCACGGAAAGCCACGCCACAGUCAGUCACAAGGAAGUGUCGAGAGAGCAAAUCAAUACACUUCAUCACUAUAA